CAAUGAAAACAAAUUCACCAAGAAAUCAAUUUUGGGACGAUUCUUCCUGAACUGUUUCCACAGAGUACAAUGAGUCUCCUUCCAAAAAUAGUGUCUAUCAUUGGAAAGGUAAUGCAAAUGCUCUUGAAGAUGUCACUAAAAAAUCAAAAAGUGAGAAGACCAUUUUGAAGCAGCCUAUUCUAGAUGACAAUUCUUGAUUUCAAAAAUUUGGAGGCAAACCUGAGAGAAGAAGCCUUAACUCAUCAAAGCAGACUUUAUUACAUCCCCAAAAUUCAAAAUCUCGUGGGUCUUAUAACAAAGUUUUGGAAAAAUUCAGAAAAUCUUCAUCAAGAGAUGUACUUCACUUUGUUAAGAACUCUGAAAAAAUAAGGUCUUUGAAUUGGAAAGAAAAAUGUGAGGUGAACAAAAUGAUUUCCUCAUCAAGAAUCCUCUUCCAGCUUAACAAGAAGCCUUAAUUCUUGGCAUAACUGUAUCGGAAAAGG